AUGUGUGGAUUGCGCGCUGCGUUUACGGAGGCGGUUUGCUUGGGCCUGCUUUCGUUAGGCUCCACUGUAGUGCAGGGAAUCAAAGAUAAAGUUCACCAGGGUCACACAGAAGCAGCAGCAACAGCAGCAGCAGGAAAUCUGUCGGCAGAGCUCCAUGCAGCGCUUCACCAGCCCAACGAUAACCCCUUUCUAGUGCCUCCUCUCAGCGAUUUCAUGGAUCGAUUUAACAUCCCGAAGGUCCACGGUGUGCAGAAGGGCGGUAGCGGUAUUUACGUAGAUCUAGGAGGCGACAAGGAAGUGGACGGGCGGACAUACAGGGAACCGAGCGGCCUCUGCCCUGUCUUUGGCAAGACGAUUGUGUUGUACCAGCCGCAAAACAACCCUAAUUAUAAGAAUGACUUUCUUGACGACAUACCCACCAAACAGCAGUCCGAUGCCGUAGGACAUCCUCUUCCUGGCGGGUUCAAUAACAGCUUCAAAAUGCCAGACAAAAGCCCUUACUCUCCGAUGAGUGCACAGAAGUUAAACAGCUAUAAACAGCUGAAGGCGAAUACACCGAUGGGGAAGUGUGCAGAGAUGAGUUUUAUGACGACUGCUGGAAAGAAUUCUUCGUAUCGGUACCCUUGGGUCUACGAUACGAAACGAGACUUGUGCUAUUUCCUCUAUCUUCCCGUGCAACGGCUCAUGGGGGAGCGCUACUGCUCCGUAGAUGGCAAACCCGAUGGGAUGACGUGGUACUGUUUCGAGCCCCACAAAGCGCUAGAUAGCCGACCAGAACUCGUUUAUGGGUCGGCUUACGUAGGAAGGGACCCAGACUAUUGGGAAACACACUGCCCCAACAAGGCCGUGAAGGACGCUGUCUUCGGCGUAUGGGUUUCGGGCAGAUGCACAGAGCACAAACACCUCGACGGAGCGAAGAAGGAAAAAGUGAAUAGCAAAGCCGAGUGCUGGUCGCUGGCAUUUGAAAACCCUGAAGUGGCUAGCGACCAUCCUGUAACUGAAGACGAAAACUUCGGAACAUAUGGAUAUUUUUUCCCCAGUACCGAGCCCAAUCAACCCAAGUCGGGCGGCGAGGGUGUGAAUUUUGCGAGCUUUUAUCCGGGUUCAAUGGAGUGCUGGUUAUCCGGCGAAAUUCCAACUUGUUUGGUGCCUCUUGAGGGGGCGGCUGCAUUCACUGCUCUGGGUUCAUUAGAGGAAGAGACGGCACCCUGUACAGACAGCUUCCCGCAAACGAAGACCCCUUGCGAUCGAAACACCUGCACACAGAUCGUCGCUACAUGCGUCUCAGGAACUCUCGUGUCAGAGGAAGUACCCUGCUCACCAGAGGACGGCACCCGGUGUGAAGGCGGCUUUCCCAAGGGGGUCAUGAUAGGUUUGGCAGCAGCGGGAGGCAUUUUGUUACUGCUGUUGGGUGGAGGGGGCUUCUUGCUCUAUCGUAGCAGAAUGAGGCCUGCAGCGAAGGGAGACGAAGCAACUCGUUCAGAUUAUGUGCAGGAGGAGGCGGCAGCCAACAGACGCAAGCAAAGACAGUCGGAUUUAGUGCAGCAGGCAGAGCCUUCCUUCUGGGAGGAGGCAGAGGCUGAUGAAGCAGAAACGGGGGAGAGCACCCACGUGUUAGUUGACCAAGAUUACUAG